ACGUGGCGUUUUCGCGUCAGUCGCGCGAGGGCGCUUCGCGAGUGAACACGUCGCGGGUGACAUACAACAUUCUUCCGUGUGUCUAUGUGUAUGUGUGUGUGUGUUUCGCGUUUCGUGUAAAUAUGCGCGUUUAUUGUCAUCAUCGGCCCCGGAGGUUGUGUAUGUCCCGACGACGAUGACGACGAGGUCGAGUUAAGAGAGGAAGGAUAUGAGAGACGGUUCUCGGGAAAUAUGUCGGAUUUUCGAACGACCGAUGCUGCUCGCGGGCGAUUCGUGAGCGGGCCUCGUUGACCCAAUUUCGGGCGGAUUAACGAGAAGGUCCUUCCUCCUCCUCGGGGACUGUGCGCGACCCUUUGGAGUCGGUGGCCUCCGCGAGGCGGACGAUGACGGACGGCGUCGCGGACGCGCAAAGAGGUUUCAAGUUUGCAUAAAAAAAAAAAAUUAUAACUGUGCGUGUCCUGGUGCUUCUAGUCUCGCAAAGAUACUCCGGGCGAUAUUUUCUUUUUACCUUAGAUAAUAAUUACGAAUAAAAUUAAGGUUAAGUUCGGAUUCUUAUCGCGAGUCCUCGUGGCUCUCGACUCCGGACCUUUGAACGUCAUCGAGUGGACAAGUAGUGGCUCAACAGGCAGAUUCCCCCGCGUAAAGCGAUGAAUAGAUACAUGGAUGUUGCUACUGGCUUCCGCGGUGUGUCUCGAACGGAGCGGGCAAGAUGAGACAUGUUUGUCCGAAUGUUACUCGUGCGGGAACGUCAAACAGACACGAUCGUAUGAUUUUGAUAUAUCGCCGUUCUACGGUCAUAUAUGGCAAUACGUGAGAGGAACUUUAGCCACGAGCAAGAUGCCUCACAUCACGCGAAAAUGGGAGCUAUUCCCGGGCAGGAAUCGCUUUUGCUGCGACGGCAGGGUGAUGAUGGCACCGCAAACCGGAGUAUUCUACGUCACAGUGUGCCUCAUCGUCGGGACGAGUGGAUUGUUCUUUGGUUUUGAUUGUCCGUAUUUGGCACUACAUGUAACACCAGCAAUACCAGUAAUAGGAGCCUUGUUAUUCAUAUUUGUAAUGUCUGCUUUGUUCCGUACAAGCUUCAGUGAUCCUGGAGUAAUUCCAAGAGCAACACCUGACGAAGCAGCUUAUAUUGAAAAGCAAAUCGAAGUACCAAACAAUGGCAAUUCUAAAACAUACAGACCUCCUCCUAGAACAAAAGAAGUCUUAAUUAGAGGGCAACCAGUGAAACUAAAAUAUUGUUUCACAUGUAAAAUAUUUAGGCCACCAAGGGCCUCUCAUUGCAGUUUAUGCGACAAUUGUGUAGAGAGAUUUGAUCAUCAUUGCCCAUGGGUUGGCAAUUGCGUGGGCAGAAGAAAUUAUAGAUAUUUCUAUGCUUUUAUAGUAUCCCUAGCAUUUCUUUGUGUCUUUAUAUUUAUAUGCGCAGUCACUCAUCUAAUUAUGCUUACAAAGGAUAAUAAGCCAUUCUUAGAAGCUGUCAAAUUAUCCCCGAGCAGUGUUAUUGUGGGAGUCAUAUGUUUCUUCUCUGUUUGGAGCAUUUUAGGCCUUGCUGGCUUUCACACCUAUUUAACUAGCAGUAAUCAAACAACUAAUGAAGAUAUUAAAGGAUCGUUCACGAAUAGGAGAGGUCAGGACAAUUUUAAUCCCUAUAGUCAAGGAAAUAUUUGUGAAUUUUUUUAUGUUCUAUGUGGACCAGCUCCACCUAGCUUAAUCGAUCGAAGAGGAAUAGUCACACCCGAAUAUCGAGCAGAACACGAAUCAAUUGGUGAUGAUAACAUGAUCACUAAUAAUAAGACAUAUGGUACUGCCAAGAUUGUGCAGCCUCAGUCAAACGGUACGGUUCAAACAAGUCCUACUACGGAUCUCACGGGCUCGAUGAACAAUUUAAUCAGCGGUCAACAUUCUCCGAGAAUAGAGUCAAUAAACGGUGAGUUGACGUUUUUAAGACAUCCUACGCGUUGCCCCGAGGAUCUACCAAAAUAUCCGCGCCAAUAUAUAAAUGAUACGUAUGUGCCGCCAUAUCCGACGCAGCAUUGCUCUCAGGAGUCUGUGAAACAUAUUAAAUAUAACACUGAGAUAGACCGAUUAAAUCCAGAAUUUCAAAAGUAUCCGUGCAGAUGCGAGGAGGGUUUGCAAAAGUAUCCUCACAGAUGUAGAGAGGAAUAUCACAGAUGCUCGGACAACAAUCUCAUCUACGAUCAGUGUAUAGGGGAUCAGAAAUACGGCAUAGGAGAUCAGAAAUAUGGCAUAGGGGAUCAGAAGUACGGCGUAGGGGAUCAGAAAUACGGCAUAGGGGAUCAGAAAUACGGCAUUGAUCUUCAAAAAUAUCCUCAGAGAUACUCCGAGGAUUCUCUACGUUAUCAAAUAAGCGAGAAGAACGGUUAUACCGAUCUGCAAAAAUUUCCACAAUGUUAUUCCGAGGAUCCGUUGCGACUCGUGCAAUCCCCGCAUAUGCUUAAAUAUAAUAAUUUGCGGUGUGCCGAGCACAGCUUAAAGUAUCCGAUAACGAAGAAUAUUCUGCCGGCGCGUAUAUUAGGUACGGGUGGUAUACCGAUCAUCGGGCAGACUGCGAUCGGCCUCGUCGUUAAUAGAUUCGGCUCUGGACCGCUAACAAAUCUGACCAACGAAUUAUCGUAUGCCGAGAAUUCGUUAUGUCCGAGCGAUAGUACGGAAGAAGAUCUCUUGAAUCGACGUUUCAUUAUGAGUAGUACGACAAACAGCAUAAGUCAACUUGUUAGCAACGAAAUACCGUUAGCGUCUCUCAAUAUAGCACCAAUUGAUAUCGACGAAAUCGCUCCGUUGCCUCCUCGUCAAAGUGUCGUCGUUUCCUCCGCUCUGGAUACAUCUUCCAUUCCGGCAGUAACGACUCCGUUGUCCGCGUCUAGACUAAGACUGUUACAAGAUACGACUAUGAUAGAAUCUGCCUUGGACUUGGAUUCGUUGGAAGAUGCGAGCGUCGGUAGAGGAAGUCAGUCGGGGCUUAUAAAAAUGGGUGUAGUAUAAAAUUCAGCUAUCCACAAAUUCGGUAGAAUUGAAAAAUUCUGUCGCCUUCUAUCCGUUGGUAUGGAUAGCGCAAUUUUAACAAUAUUGAAUUUAAAGCAUGAAAUGCAAUUUGUUUGUUACACCUUUGUUGUGAAUAAUUCGCGUAUGAAAUGAUAAUCACGAAAUGAUACAUGCAGAUGUAAUUAUUAGUAUCAUUAUUAAUUAUAAUAAGUAGAUAAUUAUCGUGUUAUGCUUUUUCUCGAGAGAAAAAGUAAUUUUGAGGGAGAUUUAAAAAAAAGAAACUAGGAAAAUUAGAUUAUAAAUCUAAUAAAAAAACGGCCGAACUUAUGCUAUUAUUAAAGUACAAAUAUGAUUAUUUACAUAAUUACAUUUAUAUAAUUGCACGAAAAAUUUAAAUUGAAACAUUGUAUAAUUAGAUUAUUUUCCACAACUGCAUUAUUUAUUAUAUCGUAUUUAUGCAGCUUUAAUAAUUAUGUAUACA